AUGAAGAUCGUUGCCAUAGAGCUGCUUCGUCAGGAGGAGCAGGGUCAGGACCCGAUGAUUCUCUCAGCAAGUUUUGAAGUAUCGUCUUUUGGCUACUUUCAGCGCCCAGGCGUUCGGGAAAUGAUCAAUUUUUUCAGUCGUACGUUUAUUAAACGUACGGAGCCUGGGCAGCGCCAAUCAGUACAACACGAGGAAUAUAAUUGCCAUGUGUACGUGCGUCGCGACAAGUUGGCUGGAAUAGUGGUGUGUGACCAGGAAUAUCCCCCACGUGUCGCGUUUGCACUUCUAAAUAAGCUUAUGGAUGAGCUCGACAAGUCCACAAGUGGCAGUUGGAAGACGCAGACUGGUAAACCGAAGGAUUUUGCACCAUUGACAACGGCUCUGGCCGAGUAUCAGGAUCCGUCCAAAGCUGACAAGAUAUCAGCUAUUCAGAAAGAACUCGACGAGACUACAGCUGUGCUGUCCAAGACAAUUGACAAUGUGCUGGAGCGUGGUGAGAAGCUGGACGACCUUGUGUCUAAGUCACAAGAUCUCAGCAGUCAAUCUAAGGUUUUUUACAAACAGGCCAAAAAGACCAACUCGUGUUGUGUCGUCAUGUAA